CCGCUGCAGGGAUGCCCGUACACUUCAGGGGUUUAAGUGAAUACAAACGAAAUUUCAAAUGGAAUGACUCCAAGAGGUCACGUUCCUGCAGUCCCUCUCCUGAGCAGAAAGCACUGUGGGCAGGUCUGCCUUCAGAACAGCUGGGGAAUACAAGGGAACCAAGUUUUAUUUCAAAGAAACGAGUACCAUACUACCGUCCUCAAGUUUCAAAAUCUUUUCAGUGGGACUGGAACAGCAAUUCAGGACAAGAUCUUCAAGAGCCCAAACCCAAAGAAUCCCAACCUGUGAAGUCCCAGACAUCCGUUCUCAGCGAAGGAAUGAAUGCAGAAGACUGCAAGACUCCAGAAGCUCCCAGAUCUCUCAGGUUUGGCAGGUCUCGUUCGAUGGAUUGCCGAUUGCACUCGGCAUUAGAACCCCCAAUGGCCGGUGACAAACCACAAGUUGCAGAGGCUCAGAAAUCAAAGAAAGACAACAACACGCCUCCUAAAAAAGAAGGUGCAGAUGAGGGAAUUGCUAAUGGUGUUAGCGUGGUCCUUCAGAAAAAAUCAGGAUUGAAGACUGCACCACGGAAAAAUCUAGCAAGAAGCUCUGAGUAUCAAAGGCAGUUCAGUUGGAAAACGCAGAUGGAAAAUUCCCCCUUACUGGUCGCAGAUCAGGUUAUUCACAACAGAAAUCAGGAAAUUCCUCCAUUUAAAUCAGGCAAAGUUUGCAGAGAAACUGAAUAUUCAAGUCAGUUUCAGGGCACGCCUCUACCUAAAGGACCACGUUUCCGUAAAGACUUUGAAGAAAAGGAAGCUUUAUUCUUUGAACCUGAAAAUGAUUCUCCACCAAAGCAAACGCCUUCCUCUUCCAAACAAGUAGGAGCAAGAAUAAAAGAACAAGAGAGUGAGCAGCUUCUAAAACAACAGAAUCCACAUAAGCCUCCAUUCCCACACAAAGGCCAUGGGAAAAUCAAGUCCGAAUAUAGGACCAACUAUUUGUCUCCUGAUCAGUAUCAGUACAGGGAAGGAGCUUGGAAAGCAAAACGUUCGUUUGUGGCUGAAGAGGGUACUGAAAGCAAACUAAGUUUCCCAUGGUAUGCUGAGAUAAAAGAACUUCGAGAGAAAGCUGAAGUGUACAAGAGGAGAGCAUUGGGCACUCACUUCUCCCGGGACCAUCUCAGCCAGAUUCUGUCGCCAGAAAACAAGUUGUGGGAGUUGUCCUCCACUUCUACCAGUGAAGAAUCUGUCUGUGACAGUGUCAGAGCUUUGGAUCUUGAGAGAGCAAGAGAAACUCCGAAGAUUCCCAGACCAAAGCAACAGCGGUCUCACUCUGAGUCAGCAGUGGAAAAUGCUGCACCCUCACAGAACCCGCCAAAAUUUGAUGAUACAGGCAAAAAUGGUAUAUCAAAUGUUCCGACUUUUCCAGUCAGGCAGAGAUUGGCCUGGAAUGAUGAGGAAGGAGAGACAGCACCUGGAAGAGACCUGCCAGAAAGUGACCAGGAAGAAAGUGAUGGUGUUGAGAAAGAGCUGGGAAAUGCAGAGGAAGUGGGAGCCGUUUCUAAAAGAAAAGAGGACCCGAUAGAUGAGGCAAAUCUGUCAACAGCAAAUUUAGACUCAAAUGAAACUUCUGAGCUUGGAUCUGAAGUAGGUGGACGACUGCCUACACCAAAGCUGAAGACAAUGGUUGCACCUCGUCGAACUCACCAUGAUCUGACCACUCCAGCUGUUGGGGGUGCAGUUUUAGUUUCUCCAUAUAAGAUCAGAUCACCAUCCCCCCAUCGUAAAAGAAACCAGGCUCCAUUGGGAAAAUCAUAUUCACCCUACAGGUGUUUCUCUUCAGGAUCUCCAAAGAAGAAGUUAACAAAGACGGAAUCAUUACAGCAGUCACCAGCAGCUGGCAUAAGGACCCCUGAUCCCAUUCCCCUGAGGGAGGAAUGUUGGAUUCCCAAUACUCCAGGUUGUCUAAAGACAAUACCUUCUGUUCUGGCGUUGUUAAAGCCAGACUGUACUUUUGAUGAGAAAUCUGCUUCAGUGCCUGCAUCACCAGAGAAGGGCUACCUGCACCGGAUACAAGGCACACUGAGAAAUCCAGAAUUCCAGCAUAAUGGCAACACUGGAGGACCAAGGUCCAGUAUUCUGAGGAUGCAAUCAACAGACUCAGCUGCUGCUGCUGAUGAAGAUGAUCGAUUGUCACAGAUAUCUGCCCGAUCUGCAGCUUCCAGUACACUAGCUUCUCAAGUUCUUGAACGUGCUCAGAUGCGAAGAGACAGCUUCUGGGGGAAAAAUCCCAGAAAUGAGCAAUAAUACAAUUCAUUCGUG